AUGGUAGGCGGGGAAUACCUUUACCUACCGCCCAUAUGGCACCGUUUAGCCCCCUUCACCAAGCUCACAGUCACCGUCACCGUCUUCCUCCCCUACCUGUUCCUCUAUCUGUCUUGCGCCGCUGACCCCGGCUACAUCACCAAAGAAAACCACGCCUACCACAUGUCGCUCUAUCCAUAUGACCACGCGCUUUUCCACCCCGGCGUGGAAUGCAAAACCUGCGGAUUCGUCAAACCGCCACGCUCAAAGCACUGCAGCCUGUGCAAGCGGUGCAUAGCAAAGGCCGACCAUCACUGUAUUUUCAUCAACUCGUGCGUGGGAUACGGAAACCACCAGUGGUUCAUACUACUCCUCCUCUCAACCGCUGUUUUGUGCACAUACGGUGGCCUUCUCGGCGGUUCGCUGCUCUCCUCGUCGAUUAAACAACACUUUGUCGACUGGUCGCCUUGGUCGCCGUCAAAACAGGGAUGGGGCAUGUACGUUGUCAUCUGGGGCUGGGGCAUUCAAACAAAUAUCGGCCUGGGCGUCACAACUCUCCUGUCCGGUUUGACGGCCCCCUUAGUUUGGGGUCUUUUGUUAUAUACAAUGUAUCUCGUGUACUGCGGCACAACGACAAACGAAUCAUUUAAGUGGUCCGUGUACAAGGAUGAUAUGGAAGACGGCUAUGCUUUUCGUCGACCCAUGCCCUCGAAGCGAGAGAGGAAUCUCGUCAAAGAGCCUAUUUGCCGUAGGUGGCCGGUUGAACCGGAGAUGGUUCUGGCAGCGACGGACGACGGGAAACCUCCGCCAGCGCAGAUGGCGCUAGCCGGCGAGGGCGAGUGGGAGCGGGUGUGGAAUUUGAAAGACGUCGAAAACCUUUAUGAUUUAGGGCUCUGGGAUAAUUUGGGAGAUAUUUUUGUGGCAGACUGUGCGUUUGGGGCGAGAGUAGAAGACCCUCCUGCCGAACGGGGCCUGCGGACGAAACGUACCAAGAGUAAAUAG